GGGAGGCUGAGGUGGGAAGGAGAUAUGCAGGGGAGGGGAGUUUUAAAUAAGACUCUGAGGGCUGCGUGGCUUAUGGAUUCGUGUGUAUACUGAGGAGUCGCCGUGAGCCAGGCGCUGGGCCAAAGCUCUUGAUUGACAAGUAAUGAGUUCUAACACCACUAUGAGGUAUAACAUCCUAUCCUUACGAACAGACGAGGCAGAAGCUUGGUGAACUCAAGUGAUAUAGCACGUGCCACCUAAACUAUGGAGCCAGGACCUGAGCCUUGAUGAUUUUACCAUCAUGCCUUGUGAUAGGCUCCUCUGUCCCCCUAACUAUCAACCACAAGGCAUGAUGGUAAAAAAACGAGGAGGCAUGUACCGGACUAUAAGCAUUAGUGCUAAUAUCAACUUGAUAGACUGUGGAAUCACCUGGGAGGUGAGAUUCUGUGCAUGCCUUUGGGGCACAAUCCUGACCCCAGUAACUGAGGUGGAGAAACCCAGUGGCUUUUGGCAGCACUGUUUUCUGACUGGGAUGCUGGGCUGUAUGAAUGCAGAAAGGGAGCUGAGCCGCAGCUUGCGCUCAUUCAUAUCUGCAUCCUGACUGGGUUCUAUAUGACCAGCUGCUUCAAGACCCCACUGCCUUGACUUCCCCACCCCCACUGGGCUCUCCUUGAUAUAUGAACUGGAAUAAACCCUGCUCUCUGAAGCGGCUCUUGUGACAGCUUCUUACCAUAGCAACAGGAAAACAAAGACACAGCGAACUAAGUUUGAGGAGAAUAGAUUGAAUUUUGGGCUCUCGUUUGUGCAAGCCAGAAAGAGCAGGUCCAGAGGAGGCCGCAAAUGAAGGACCGACCGCAGAGAGAACACUAAUGUGUCUCUCUCUGAGACCAGCUCCUCCUUCCCCUGAGCUCCGCCGUGAGCCCCAGAGAACCCGACGCUCAGCCUCCUGACUCCCUUGUCUGCUGCUGAAGGUGAAUAGCUUCUAAGAGGAAGCCCAAGGAGCUGGGCGGGGUGAUGCACGCCUGUGUUUCCAGCACUCAAGAGACUGAGACAGGAGGAUAACCAAUUUGAGGCCAGCCUGGGCUACACAGUGAGACCCCUGUCACCAAAGGAAGCCCCCAGAUAUGCAAAUGUGGAGAAGACCUACAGGAGGGGGCCUGAAAGGCCCGAGGGAGGCGAGGGCUGGAGCUAGCAGGCUCCUUGUUGACUUUGAUGAAGAUCCAGACAUUUGAUAAAAAGCUGAGGAACUUGUUAGCCCUUUCCAUAGCCGGACAAGCUACCGCGGACCAGCCAAUACGAAGAAUCUGAUCUGGCCAGGUGGUUCACAUUCUCUCAAGUCCCAGGCAACGCUAUCAGAGCCAACCAGGCAACCUUGAGGCUCCAAAGGCUGCAUGCGGAGACUUCUAGCAGGGCCCUGAACUGGCAAGCCUCGAGCCGCACCACAGGUGCAGGGUGUUGGCACAGUCAGCCAGGCAUUGGGGAUGAGGACUGUGGGGAGCCCUUGAGGAGGUUCUUUGUUCGCAGCCUGUCCUUUUGGUGGAAGGUGUCUAUGCACAUGGCCCCAGGGGCUGGGAAGUGGGAUGAGACAGAGGUGAACCCUUGAUCAAAGGUAAACAACUUUGUUCUUCAGUGACAAGAUGGCUCCUUCCUUCCCACGUCCCUGAAAGCAGGACCAGUGGGCCAGAGCAGACAUCAAAGAGGGCCCACGGACUCACUGGGGGCUUCUGGCCAGGAGGUUGGAACGAAGUGUUCUGAGGAUACCGGAGAGCAGACCAGACAGCAAUGUAUCUUUCCUCCUACCCAUCAAGCCCCCUUAUCACAGGGCUUCUCAAGCCCAGGGGAUGCUCCCUCCUUCCAUACGCUCUAUCCAGAAACCCUUUAAGCCUCAUCCCACCUCUAGGCUGUAAGUAGCCUUAGGCUAGAGGCAUCCCUGCCUCCCACUCCCCCCUCUGACUUCAGGUUCUUCCUGCCAGAGCUGCCAGGGACUGGCCCAGCUGCCUGCUCUCUCUUAUUCCUUCUGUGUUUACCAUAAGAGGUACCAGGAACUGGGAGCAUCCAGAGGCAUCUCUCACCCAGGGACCAGCUGGACCUUUGAUUCCCUGCUGCAGCCCAAGGACUGGCUCGUCUUACGGCCAAGCCUGGUGACAGGCAUCAAGAUGGAGAUCGCCAUCAAGAACUUCCGCACCUUACACGUCGACUACCCCAUGGUCAGAUACCCGAAGGGCUUCCUCGGGUACUGUAACGGCCUCAUGGCCUACGUGAGGGGCAGGCUGCAGGAUUGGUACUGCCCUAAAGUCCACUAUGUGGUGCAUGCCCCCUGGGAAGGCAUCCGCAAGUUCUGCAAGUACAGCGAGAGCUUCUGCGAGAACUACAACGAGUACUGUACCCUCACUCAGAGCUCUUUCCCCAUCACAGUCUGCACCCGGGGCUCUAAACAGCCACCAACCAGCUGCAGCUACAACAGCACGCUGACCAACCAGAGGCUGUACCUGCUCUGCUCCAGCAAGCAUAAUGCCGAGCCGAUCGGGAUCAUCGGCCUCUACUAGGGGCUUAGCCGGCAAACCAAUCCCAACAUGUUACACGCCACCCCGCCCCAAAGCCUGUUCCCAAAGUCAGAAUCCGGCUUCUGCGGCGGAGCCCCGCCCUCCGUCAGGCUCUUUUCACCUUCUCAUCACCCCCACCACGAGCUUCGCUCUCCCAGCGACAGUAAAACCCACCCAAGAAGCUGACGGCGUCCAGCUGGCAGGGCUUGUCUAUCUGCUGGGCCAGAUCCCGACGUCUGGAUGGAGGCCCAGGCCCCAGCUCGCGCCAUGGCAACAGGCACCCAGUUCCAGGAUUUCUCCCUGAUUUUAGUGUCGGUCUCCCCAAGUUCCCUUAUAAUUCCUGCCACUCUUCCGCAAAAAGGGACCUCCCUGCGACCCUCAGGCCCAUGUUGCCUCAUCCCCCCCACUCAGCCCCCUGCCUCCAGCCUGCACCCCAGUGAUUUUCCCUUCCACUUCCCCACCAUGGAGUCUGGUGCUGCUUUCCCCUACUCUCCCGACCACUCGGAGCCAAGCUGCCUACCUUUUCCCAUCCUGUCUCCCAUUCUUCUCGCCUCCGAGGCACACUGGUAUUUCAAGUUAUCUUCCUUGUUCCUUCCAAGGUCCCUCGGUCCCCCUUUCCCCUCCCAUCUCUACCCCCCAUUUCCCAGACUCCAGGGCCUGAGCCGCUCAGGUGGCAGAUGAUGAGGCAGGCCCAAUUUCCAGUAGUGGGAAGUGUAAAAACCAUUGGGGGGAAACUGGGCAAAAGGUUCUGUAUUGACUUCUUGUGGAUCUAUAGUAAUUCGCAAAGUAAAAACCGUCCAAAACCGUC